UCGCGAUCCACCACCCCAUCCUCACCACCAUGGCGUUCAGGCAACUCCGCGGCGUCCGCGCCCUCCACACCACCCCUCCAGUGCGCCAGUCGGCCGCGGAGAUCACAUCCGACUUUCUCGCGCGCCUCACCGCCGACUCGAGCGCUCCCAACCGCGGGCAGUCGCAGGCCGACAACGCCGCGCGCGGCAUGAUCGGCUCUGUCGGAUUGCGGCACAGCCCGAGCGAGGACGGCCGCAGGCAGUUCCGCCCCAACGAGUUCGCCGAGCCCCACGUCUACAAGGAGUCGAACCUGUACCCGACGCAGAAGCCGAGGCCGCGCCCUCCCCUCCUCGGCCCCUCGAAGCGCGUCGCGAAGCAGAUUGACCCCUUUUACAUUCGCAACGCCAACCCUCUCGACCACUGCACCAACCCCCUGAUGAGCAUGGCCUUCAUCGACCCAAUCGGCCGCAUCAAGGGCCGCAACCAGACCGGCCUGACGUGGCGCUCGCAGAAGAUGGUUGGCAAGAUGGUGCGCCGUGCCCGCGCCAUGGGCGUUAUCCCCCACUGGUCCAACCGUCCAGCACCGGGUGGACUUGGCGAGCGCGACUUUAACCGCUUCUCAAGCUCCAGGGGCUAGGCUAUGCAUUUCGUACGUGGCAGCGAGCUAACGAGGUGCGAGGGAGUGGGGGUGGUCCUCGGGAGAAGGCUGAGUAAUGGAUACGAGCGGAGAAAGUAUGCCGUCGCUUGGCAAACC